AUGGCGGCGGCGGCGGGGAAUCGCGCCUCGUCGUCAGGAUUCCCGGGCGCCGGGGCGGCGAGCCCCGAGGCGGGCGGCGGCGGCGGGGCCCUCAAGGCGAGCAGCGUGCCCGCGGCGGCCGCGGGGCUGUUGCGGGAGGCGGGCAGCGGAGGCCGCGAGCGGGCGGACUGGCGGCGGCGGCAGCUGCGCAAAGUGCGGAGUGUGGAGCUGGACCAGCUGCCCGAGCCGCCGCUCUUCCUCACCGCCUCGCCGCCGUCCUCUUCCACUUCCCCGUCUCCGGAGCCCGCGGACGCGGCGGCGGGCGGGAGCGGCUUCCAGCCCGUGGCGGUGCCGCCGCCCCACGGAGCUGCGAGCCGCGGCGGCGCCCACCCUGCCGAGCCGGCGGCCGCGCCGGACAGCGGCGCCCCGAGCCCCGCGGGGGCCGAGCCCGGGGAGAAGCGGGCGCCCGCCGCCGAGCCGCCUCCUGCAGCGGCUCCCGCCGGUCGUGAGAUGGAGAAUAAAGAAACUCUCAAAGGUUUGCACAAGAUGGACGAUCGCCCAGAGGAACGAAUGAUCAGGGAGAAACUGAAGGCGACCUGUAUGCCAGCCUGGAAGCAUGAGUGGUUGGAAAGGAGAAACAGGAGAGGCCCUGUGGUGGUAAAACCAAUUCCUAUUAAAGGCGAUGGAUCUGAAAUGAACAAUUUGGCAGCUGAGUCUCCAGGAGAAGGCCAGGUGGGCACCGCCUCACCAGUCCCCAAAGGCCGGCGCAGCCCGUCUCCUGGUGGCUCCCCCUCAGGCCGCACAGUGAAAUCAGAAUCUCCAGGAGUAAGGAGAAAAAGAGUUUCUCCGGUGCCUUUUCAGAGCGGCAGAGUCACACCGCCCCGCAGAGCCCCUUCCCCGGAUGGCUUCUCACCGUACAGCCCCGAGGAGACGAACCGCCGCGUGAACAAGGUGAUGCGCGCCAGGCUGUACCUCCUGCAGCAGAUAGGGCCCAAUUCUUUCCUGAUUGGAGGAGACAGCCCGGACAACAAGUACCGCGUGUUUAUUGGGCCUCAGAAUUGCAGCUGUGGACGUGGAACAUUUUGUAUUCAUCUGUUAUUUGUUAUGCUCCGGGUAUUUCAACUAGAACCUUCAGACCCAAUGUUGUGGAGAAAAACUCUGAAGAAUUUUGAGGUUGAGAGUUUGUUCCAGAAAUAUCACAGUAGGCGUAGCUCAAGGAUCAAAGCUCCAUCUCGUAACACCAUCCAGAAGUUUGUUUCACGCAUGUCAAACUCUCAUACAUUGUCAUCAUCUAGUACCUCUACAUCUAGUUCAGAAAACAGCAUAAAAGAUGAAGAGGAGCAGAUGUGUCCUAUUUGCUUAUUGGGCAUGCUUGAUGAAGAAAGUCUGACCGUGUGUGAAGACGGCUGCAGGAACAAGCUGCACCACCACUGCAUGUCAAUUUGGGCAGAAGAAUGUAGAAGAAAUAGGGAACCUUUAAUAUGUCCCCUUUGUAGGUCUAAGUGGAGAUCCCAUGAUUUCUACAGCCAUGAGUUGUCAAGCCCUGUGGAUUCCCCUUCUUCCCUGCGAGUUACACAGCAGCAAACCAUACAGCAGCAGCCUUUGGCUGCAUCACAAAGAAGAAAUCAAGAGAGCAAUUUCAACCUUACGCAUUAUGGAACUCAGCAGAUCCCUCCUGCUUAUAAAGAUUUAGCUGAGCCAUGGAUUCAGGUGUUUGGAAUGGAACUCGUUGGCUGCUUAUUUUCUAGAAACUGGAAUGUAAGAGAGAUGGCCCUUAGGCGUCUUUCCCACGAUGUUAGCGGGGCCCUGCUGUUGGCAAACGGGGAGAGCACUGGAAAUUCUGGGGGCAGCAGUGGAAGCAGCCCAAGUGCUGGAGCUGCCAGUGGGUCUUCUCAAACCAGUAUCUCAGGAGACGUGGUAGAGGCGUGCUGCAGCAUUUUGUCAAUGUUCUGUGCUGACCCUGUCUACAAAGUGUACGUUGCUGCUUUAAAAACAUUGAGAGCCAUGCUGGUAUAUACACCUUGCCACAGUUUGGCAGAAAGAAUCAAACUUCAGAGACUUCUUCGGCCAGUUGUAGACACCAUUCUAGUCAAGUGUGCAGAUGCCAAUAGCCGCACAAGUCAGCUGUCCAUAUCAACACUACUGGAAUUGUGUAAAGGCCAAGCAGGAGAGUUGGCAGUUGGUAGAGAAAUCCUAAAAGCUGGAUCCAUUGGUAUUGGUGGUGUUGAUUAUGUCUUAAAUUGUAUUCUUGGAAACCAAACUGAAUCAAACAACUGGCAAGAACUCCUGGGCCGCCUUUGUCUUAUAGAUAGACUAUUGUUGGAAUUUCCUGCUGAAUUUUAUCCUCAUAUUGUCAGUACCGAUGUUUCACAUACUGAGCCUGUUGAAAUCAGGUAUAAGAAGCUGCUGUCCCUCUUAGCCUUCGCUUUGCAGUCCAUUGACAAUUCCCACUCAAUGGUUGGUAAACUCUCCCGAAGGAUAUAUUUGAGUUCUGCAAGAAUGGUUACUGCAGUACCACAUGUGUUUUCAAAACUGUUAGAAAUGCUGAGUGUUUCCAGUUCCACUCACUUCACCAGGAUGCGUCGUCGUCUGAUGGCUAUUGCAGAUGAGGUGGAAAUUGUUGAGGCCAUCCAGCUGGGCAUAGAAGACACUUCAGAUGGUCAACAGGACAGCUUUUUGCAGGCAUCUGUCCCUAACAGCUAUCUAGAAACCACAGAGCGCACAGUCCAUUUAGAGAAAACUGGAAAAGGAUUAUGUGCUACAAAAUUGAGUGCCAGUUCAGAGGACAUUUCUGACCGACUGGCCAGCAUUUCAGUAGGACUUCCUAGUUCAACAACAAUGGAGCAACCAAAGCCAAUGAUUCAAACAAAAGGCAGACCCCACAGUCAGUGUUUGAACUCCUCUCCUUUAUCUCCUCAUUCCCAGUUAAUGUUCCCAGCCUCAUCAACCCCUUCGUCCUCUGCCCCAUCUGGACCAGCUGGCACUGUAACAGAUGUCUCCAAGCAUAGACCUCAGGGAUUCAUUCCCUGCAAAAUACCUUCUGCAUCUCCUCAAACACAGCGCAAGUUUUCUCUACAAUUCCAGAGAACCUGCUCUGAAAACAAAGACUCAGAUAAACUUUCCCCAAUCUUUACUCAGUCAAGACCCCUGCCCUCCAGUAAUAUACACAGGCCAAAGCCAUCUCGACCUACCCCAGGUAACACAAGUAAACAGGAAGAUGCCUCAAAAAGUAGCAUGACACUUGACCUGAACAGUACAUCCAAAUGCGAUGACAGCUUUGGUAGCAGCAGCAAUAGUAGUAAUGCUGUUAUACCCAGCGAUGAGACAGUGUUUACCCCAGUAGAGGAGAAAUGCAGGUUAGAUGUCAAUACAGAGCUCAACUCCAGUAUUGAGGACCUUCUUGAAGCAUCCAUGCCUUCAAGUGACACAACAGUAACUUUUAAGUCAGAAGUUGCUGUCCUCUCUCCUGAAAAGGCUGAAAAUGAUGAUACCUACAAAGAUGAUGUGAAUCAUAAUCAAAAGUGCAAAGAAAAGAUGGAAGCUGAAGAAGAAGAAGCUUUAGCAAUUGCCAUGGCAAUGUCAGCAUCUCAGGAUGCCCUCCCCAUAGUUCCUCAACUACAGGUUGAAAAUGGAGAAGAUAUCAUCAUUAUUCAACAGGACACACCAGAGACUCUACCAGGACAUACCAAAGCAAAACAACCUUACAGAGAAGACACUGAAUGGCUGAAAGGUCAGCAGAUAGGCCUUGGAGCAUUUUCUUCUUGUUAUCAGGCUCAGGAUGUGGGAACUGGAACUUUAAUGGCUGUUAAACAGGUGACAUAUGUCAGAAACACAUCUUCUGAGCAAGAAGAAGUGGUGGAAGCAUUAAGAGAAGAGAUAAGAAUGAUGAGCCAUCUGAAUCAUCCCAACAUCAUUAGGAUGUUGGGAGCCACAUGUGAGAAGAGCAAUUAUAAUCUCUUUAUUGAGUGGAUGGCGGGAGGAUCUGUGGCUCAUUUGCUGAGUAAAUAUGGAGCCUUUAAGGAAUCAGUAGUUAUUAACUACACUGAACAAUUACUCCGUGGCCUUUCAUAUCUCCAUGAAAAUCAGAUCAUUCACAGAGAUGUCAAAGGUGCCAAUUUGCUAAUUGACAGCACAGGUCAAAGACUGAGAAUUGCGGAUUUUGGAGCUGCAGCCAGGUUGGCAUCCAAAGGAACUGGUGCAGGAGAGUUUCAGGGACAGUUAUUGGGAACAAUUGCGUUUAUGGCACCCGAGGUACUAAGAGGUCAGCAGUAUGGUAGGAGCUGUGAUGUAUGGAGUGUUGGCUGUGCUAUUAUAGAAAUGGCUUGUGCGAAACCACCAUGGAAUGCAGAAAAACACUCUAAUCAUCUCGCUUUGAUAUUUAAGAUUGCUAGUGCAACUACUGCUCCAUCAAUCCCUUCACAUCUGUCUCCUGGUUUACGAGAUGUGGCUCUUCGUUGUUUAGAACUUCAACCUCAGGACAGACCUCCAUCAAGAGAGCUACUGAAGCAUCCAGUCUUCCGUACUACAUGGUAGCCAAUUAUACAAAUAAACUAUAAUAGAGACAGGAUGCUCAAUAAGAAAAAAAAAACUUUUGUGGGGAACCACGUUGAUAAUCUGCUGGUCUUCAUGCCACUGAACAGCUAUGAAUGAGGCCAGUGGGGAACCCUUACCUAAGUAUGUGAUUGACAAAUCAUGAUCUGUACCUAAGCAUAGUAUGCAAAGGUCCACAAUUUGUGCAGAAACUGUAAACCGUGCCUUUCAAAGAACUGGCCCUAGGUGAACAGGAGAGCAAUGAAGUUUGCAUGACUAAUAACAGAUGCAUAAUUUUAUUUUUGGAGCACUUUUUCAGCAAUAUUAGCAGCUGAGGGGCUCAGGACGUAUUUUAAUGUUUCAAUUAU